AUGGGCACGCCGAAUCCUUUCAUAAGCAACGGCACCUGCUAUUUUGGCCCUAACCAAAAGGCAUCCAGCCAGUUUCUCCCAUGCGGCAAUGAUCUCUUUGGCCGCCAGACGUGCUGCCAGGCCGGCGACGUUUGCCUGUCCAACCACGCCUGCUACAACGGCCGCUUCGGCGUCACCUACCUCGCCGGCUGCAGUGAUCCCGAGUAUCGCGAUGGAGUCUGCCCCGACAAGGGAGCCUUUUCCGACCAGCCCUGGGCUGGCCUCGUCUACUGCAACGGCACCUCCAACCAAUGGGUCGCCUGCAAGGAGAAGAAGAAGGAGUCCACGCUUACCGACGCCGACGCCUGCUGGUGCCCCGAGACCUCGCGCACCGUCGCCUUCACCGCGCCCUCCGUCCUCGACAACACCGCCACCGUGCCCACCUCGGCCGGCGGCAGCAUGGGCUUCAACGCCGGCUACGUCCCCUCCAUGACCCUGCCCGGCGGCGGCGGCGGCGGCGGCGGCGGCGGCAGCGGCCAGGCCACUAGCUCCCAGCCGACCGCCACGCGCACCUCACCCUCCAGCACCGGCGGCGGCCAGGGCACUCCGACGGCCCCUCCGACCGAGCCACCCUCCUCGGGCGGCGGCAUGAGCUCCGGUGCCAAGAUCGGCGUCGGCGUCGGCGUCGCGGCGGGAGGCCUCGUCCUCCUCGCCGCCGUGCUGUUCCUGUUCUUCCAGCGCCGACGACGUCGCCAGCAGCAGCGCGGCUCCGAGCUCGACGGCGAGGGCAAGCUGCACCGGGAGUCGAGCAGCGGCGGCGCCACGGCCACGGCCACGGCCACGGCCCCCGCUACCCCCGGAACACCCGCCACCACCGUCGUCUCGGAGCUCGACUCGCGCGCCGCGCGGCCGUGGAGCAUGCGCUCCGAGCUGGCGGACACGCACCUCAACCCCGCCACGCCCACCACCGCCGGACACUCACCCGGCCUGGCCCCCGUCGACGAGGAGGGCAAGGACACCAAAUACAUUCAGGCGCCGGAGCAGUGGGGCUCGCGCUGGCGGAGGGACGGCGGUGCUUACGGACAGCAGGGACCUAUCGCCGAGUUGCCUGGUUGA